CUGCCUUCCCCUCGCCCUUUUUUUUUCCUUUAUCCCUGGCGGUGGCUUGCUUAUCUUGGGGAAGAGGAGGGAUGAAGAAAGAGCUACUGGCGUCGGCGCCAUGGCGGGGCGAGGAGGAUCCGAGCGACAAGUUUGCCGACGCCAAACUGAGGGCGACCAAUCAACCGGGCGGCACCCCCACCAUGCACGUUCCUGGAAAGAGGAAAGCCGCCGCCUCCAAGACCGACGAGGAACUCGAAGCGGAGAUCGACCCUGAGCUCAGAUACAGCUUCCAGAGGAAUUUCCGGUUUCUUCAGCGAGUUUUCAGCAUAGAUACAAUUGUGAAACCUCUUCCUCCUGCUAUGCAAUAUAACGUGUCCAGGAAUCUGAGUUUUUUUACUCGGAUCUUUACACAAUUUUGGGAUCCAGAAGGAAUUGCCAAUGCGCAGAAAUCUCUUGGUUUAGGCCAAGAAGAAAAAGCUCGCCGUGUCAACUAAAUAAAUACUUGUUAAAUGUGUGCUAAGCUGGACUCGGAUACUUUUGUUAAAUAUUUCAGCAUUUAGAAUUGACCUGAAUGUCUCUAUGUCCAUCAACUUUACGUUUAUGUGCAUUGAAUUUUCAAGUUAAGAUGAUAGUAUUUUAAUCCUCUGAUGAUAA